GUUCCUUACAAAGGGAAACCACUCUGCUUUGUUGUCAAAAAAAUAGAGACACGUAAUGGUUUAGUUUCGAUCUUUCAACAAGUUAUUUUGAUGGACGACGCACAACCGGAUGCUGGCGCCCCAGAGGCUACAGAACACCCCCAAGAACUGGUGAAUGAAAAUCCUUUGGCGGGACCGUUUUACAUUGUGUUGGGUUGCCUGGAGUCCUAUGGUUGGCUCAUAGUUCUUGCAAUCGUGAUCGCCCUCUACCUGAAGAGCACACUUAGUCCAGCUGUGAGGAAAUACAAAGAGAAACUCAAUGAGACCAUACAGAACAAGAAGUUUGACCCAGAAGAGGCAUCCGCGCGGGAGUUGGCGCGAGAGGCAGCGAGAAGAAGGAUGCAGGAGCAGCUGGAUGCACAGGCCGCCAGGCAUGCUGAGAUGAUGAAACAGAAAGAGGAAGAGAAAAGGCAGGAGAAGAUCAAAGACUGGGAGAACCAUUUGGAGGGCAAUGGAUACAGAUCUAAAACCAAGCCGAAGCAGGAAUCUGAAAUACAAAAACCCUUGAAGACAGAGAAGAAAUCAAAACCUUUGAGAUCUUCAGAUUUUAAUCCGCUGGCAGGUGAUGGAGGCUCGAGUGGCUGGCGACCAGUUGCCAGGCGUGGCGGGGGUGGAUGAGGUUAAUUUUGUGUGCUUACCCCACCCACUUCCUGUCUGGUCAGUCAUGUGACCCCAUAGAGGUCAUGUGAUCCAACAUGGCUGACAUGGGACAGAAGAGAGUGGAAAAAAUGUAUCUGAUCCAUUGAGGCUCUUCAAAUGAUGACUUGAGUGACAGAAAUAUGUGAGACAAUUUUACUGGCCUCUGUUCAUUAUUAAGGUAGCUAUUUUUGCUUUACUGCUUAUGAGCCUUGCUCUGUGAAAAGGGGGUUAAAUGCAUGUGCGUAAAGUGUCGUCC